UGAAGGUUGGACCGAGUAGUAGCAGCAGCACGGAGCCGGACACUCAGGCCUAGCACCGUGACAUGAGUGCAUUCAGCCUGUGACCCGGGCGCCCCCUACACCCGCGCUCUGCUGUCACCGCUAUAGAGCACCCGCACAGCCAGGGGGCACCUCCGAUGUGGCGUAGCGCGGCUGUCCCAGCAGCAGCGCCCCACUCUUCCUCCUCCCAAUCAGGCCACCGGGGAGCUCCCGCCUCCUCCUCCCACCAUGCCGGGACCUCCUCCCAGCCAUCCCCCGUCAGUGCGGAUUGGGAUGAGAUGGCGAGAGGGCGGCUGCUGAGGAGGAGGAUGGAGGCGACGCUCCAUAGCACGGAGCGGCCGCUGUCCCUUCUCAUCAUCACCCUGUCAUUGUAUGCAUCCAGCGGCCACGCACAGACCGACAGCCCGCCGCACCCCAGCCGGCCCUAUGACGUGUUGCUCAAACAGAACCUGGUGCUGCUGGGAAGCAUCUUCAGUGUCCUGCUUAUUGCCAUGGUCCUGCUGGCUGUCUGUGUGUACAAACCAAUCAGGAGGCGGUAGGAGCAAUAUGGACAAACCUGCUGAACACAAGAAGUGACCAUCUCAGACCCUUGGGCAUGCUGGGAAUAGCUACUUUUCUCUGGUCAUGGCAGAGCUAGUCUUUAUGCUCCAUUUUGUAUGCUGCUGCUAGUGUUUUUCUAAUAAGUUUAUUACUUCAGAAAUAGAACUUACCCUACAGUUA